AGGCUCAUGGCGCUCCCCGACAACCGCGUCUGCUUCGACUGCACGCAGCGCAAGCCCAUCUGGGCGAGUUCGACCUUCGGCGUCUUCAUCUGCCUCGACUGCUCCGGCGGCCAGCGGCGCCUGGGCACGCACAUCACCUUCGUGCGGUCCUGCGACAUGGACGAGUGGACGGAGGAACAGCUCGAAACGAUGCGCUGCGGCGGCAACAAGAACGCGCGCGCGUUCUUCCGCGCCAACGGCGUCCGCGACCUCCACAUCCGCCAGGACACCAAGUACUCGUCGUCGACGGCCAAGGCCUACCGCGCGAAACUCGCGAAGGAGGUCCAGGCCGCGCUCGCC